GGCAACUCCGUCAUAUUGUUUAUAUUUACAAUUGCGUGCAAUUUUAAUAUUAUUUCCACCAAAUCGUUCAAUUUACCCAACAAAUCAACAUGACGGAGUUCUGGAAAUCCAACGAGCGGAAAUUCUGCGAUUUUUGCAAAUGCUGGCUGAGCGACAACAAGGCGAGCGUCGCCUUCCACGAGAGUGGCAAGCGGCACAAGCUGAAUGUGGCCAAAAGGAUCACGGACAUCAGUCGCAGCAGCGAGAAAUCAGAGCGGGAGCGCCAGAAAAUGGACGCGGAUAUCCGGAAAAUGGAGGAGGCGGCCAUGAGGUCAUACGCCCAGGAUGUGCAUUCCCGUGGGGACAUGACCGCGAGGUCCAUCAACACGGUGAUGAGGGCCACCGCCUCCUCCUCCUCUUCCGGUGGCGGGACCUCCUCCGCUGGAAGAUCCCGCCAAGUAGACCCCAUGCGCCUCGAGGGACUCUCCGAUGAUGAAGAGGACCAAAGGCGCGUGGCUCCUGGCAAGGUGGCCGCUGAAGCAGCCGCGCCGGAAGCCUCCCUUUGGGUGGAGGGCAAGUCGGACGAGGGACACACCUACUACUGGAACGUCAAGACCAACGAAUCCGUUUGGAAGCCCCCCAAGGAGGGCUAUCUGUCCUACGAGGAGUACGAGCGCAUUAACCAGCUGGCCAUCGAUCAGCAGGAGAUCUCCCAGGCCCAGGAGUCCCUCAAGUUUCGUGCCAAUGCGGAUGAGGAGGUGGCGCGGGUGAAUCGCGAGAAGAUGAAGGCCUUCCGGAAGCCAGACAAUCCCAAGGAGAAGAAGCAAAAGGAGGAGCGGCGCCAGACGUUCAAAACGGAGGAGGAGGCGGCCACCAAGGAGAUCGGCCAGUGGCAGACAGUGGUGGUCAAAGCACCUGAGCAACCCAUUGACUGGCAGCUGCCCCAAACGGAUUACUACACUGCUGCCCCCGUGAUUUCAACUCCUAGUGAGCCCGAACCUCCGGCCAAGCGAUUCAAGGAGAAGACGAUAGGCGGUCUGGAUGCGGAGACAGCCGCCAGUGCACCUGCCACGUUCAAAAGGAAGUUUGUUAAGAAGGGAAAUAGCCGCCAACGCGUGGAUGAUUAGGUACUUAAUGCAGUUUAUAUAUGUUACCAACUAAGUAACAAAGUUAGAUAUUAAAAUUAGUAAGGCUUUUGCAUA